GACCCGGAAUUUAAUUAAAUAUUUUGCGCAUGCUAUUUGCGUUGACGUUUACCGAUACUGAUUUCUGACGUGUCGCGUUGCCGACAGCUUGUUCAAAACAACCAAAUAAUUUAGAAGUUUCUCCCCAAUUUUAUAAUAAAAAUGCCUGGAAAAGAUAAAGAUGAUAAAAAUGUUAAAAUCAACAAAUGGGACGGAACCGCUGUGAAAAAUGCCCUGGAUGAUGCAGUCAGAGAAGUCCUCACACAAAAAUACAAUUAUACAGAAAACUUUUCAUUAAUGGAUGGUAGACUGGUUAUAUGCAGCAUUGCUGUUGGUGUAGCAAUGUAUGCCCUACUCUGGGAUUAUUUAUACCCAUUCCCACAAUCUAGGCCUGUCCUGAUCUUCUGUGUGAGCACGUACUUCUUAAUGAUGGGUAUUUUAACCCUCUAUACAACUUACAAGGAAAAGGGUAUUUUUGCUGUUUGUAUCCAGAAAGAUGGCUCAAAGAAGGAGAGAGUUUGGGAGGCAAGUUCUCAUCUAGCCAAAUAUGAUGACAAGUAUAACUUAAGUUUGUCAUACAAGGAUGCCAAAGGCUCAAAAAGGGAAGCCAGCUCGAAAAAGAGUGUAGCAAAUUUCAUUGAUGUUAAUGGCAGAGUCGUUCAUGAACUGGUUGAGAGUGAAGUCUCAAGGCUGCACAAUUCUUUGUUGAGUGAAAAGAAAGAUAAAUGAGGUGUAUUUAUUUUUUAUAUUGAAUAAAAAGUGUAUUUAUUA